CAUGCUCUACUAGGACAGCCUUUCUGUUAGAGCCUUUUCGUAGGCUGUCUACUACGUCAAGAGUUGUUCACAGAGCAUUUGCGAGCGAACCCGUCAGUGCAAGCACUUGAGCGCGCAUACAACCAGCUCGCUUUGUCUUGGGGUCUGUCGGUGCGUGGUCGACGUCGCGGUGAGUCACCAUGGCUUUCAACUCCAACAAUGCGAACGCUGCGGCGCUACUCGCAUUCCAGCAGCAACUGCAGCAGCAGCAACAACAACAGCAGCAGCAGCGACCACAGGCAUCCAUGUCGUUCGCUCAGUCACCGUUCGCUCAGCCGCAACAGCAGCAGCAGCAGCAGUCGCCUCAACACCAGCCCGCUCAGCAACAGUUCGGCAUGGCUCAAAACAACAUGGCCGCUGCAGUAGCUGCUGCCUUGCAAUCCGGUCAGAUCCCUCCACAGCUCCAGGGGCUCACUCAGCAGCAAAUCAGGCAGCUGCUCACGCAGGGAUUCUCGGCUGCUUCGCAAGGCCAGCAGCACCCCCCUCCUCAGCAACAGCAGAGCCAGCAAGGCAUCCACGCAAAUCUGCAGCAAAGCCAGCAACAGCAACAGCAGCAGCCGCAACAGCACCACCAAAUGGCUCAUUCUCAGAUGAACAAUGGUCAGCCUAACAACUCCGGUAUGCCCGCUUGGUUCGCGCAGAUGCAAGCCCACCAGAACCACGCGCAAGGCAACGGAUCUGGUGUUGGACUUCCUGCGGGAAUGCAGCCUCAUCCCUCGCAGCAGCAGUUUCAACAGCCGAAUCAGGCCCAUGGUUCGCCCAUGCAGUCUUCUCCAGCGAUGCAGCACGUGGCUCCUUCACGGCCGCCCUUCCCGGCUCAGCAACCACAUCAACCACCAGGUGGUCUCGUGUCCGGCGCACAGGCGGCGGCAAGCGCCGCUCAAGCGGCAGCAAUGAAUCGUCAGCAGGCAGCUUCGAACGCGAAUGCAACAAAUGCUUCCGUCGCCGGUGCCAACGCUCCUGGGAUGAGCGCCGUGCGCCCCCAGGUGAACCUCGCUGGUAUGCCCCCAGCUCUGCAACAUGCCAUCGCACGUGCCAAAAACGGUCAAUUAGAUCCCACGACUUUGCAAAAGCUGAGAAGUGCGAUCAGUUCAUGGCAGCAAGGCCAGCAGCAGCGGUCAACGCAACAGGGACUAGGCCAACAAUCUUCACCGUUUGUAUCGCACGGCCAGGUGCCUCCUCAACCAAGACCGCCUCCGGCUACGCAACCUCAACAAGCGCAACCUCAGAUGCCCAUGCAAGGCUCACAGCACCAUACGCCCCACAUGAAUCACGCGCAACCUCAACCGCAAAUGGGCACUCCCACCAUGUCACAUUCGUCGCCCCCGCAGCAGAGUGGCUUGCAGCAUCUCCAGGGGCCGAUUGGAAACCAGACACAUGCUUUGAGGCCGCCAGGCGGUGCCAUUGGUCAGAAUGCACCCAACCAUCCACCCCAGGCUCCAACGGAUGCUGAGAGCAACGAUCUGAUGCGGCUGCUGUCUGUUGCGCAAAACCGUAUUCGGGACUUGGAACCGAAGCUGGCCGCCGCAGACACUCCCCAAGCUCGAGAGCACUUUGAGAAGCAGAUGAACGACUCCAAGGCUCUCCUGCAGAAGGUCUUGUCGCUUCGUCAAGAACAGAUACACCGUCAGCAGCAACAACAGCAACAGCUGGGACAGUCCACCAUCGCAGGACCCAGACAUCCACCGCAACCCGGAGCCCAGGGUCAACAAAAUCAGCCGGGCGUAGGCGGAGAUUCUUCGAUCCGGCCUCAGCCAGUGGCCCACAACCAAGCACCGGGGAAUCAGCAAACCUCUUCCGCGCCAGGCGGAAUGGUCAUGAAGCCUGAGAACUUCAUGCGCGCGCUUCUCGAGAUUCACGCGAAGCAGGGUUCUCCUCAGAAUGCCCAGGUGAAGAUUGGCAAUCGUGCACUCGACAUGUACCGGUUUUACAUGCUCGUGCAAGCGCACGGUGGAAGCAAGAGCGUCUCUUCCAAAAAUGCGUGGAGCGAAAUUGCCACGGCGUUGGAUCUUCCUCUUCAAGUCCAUGAACACGUCGCAGUCUGGUAUCGUAAUUCGUUGCUGCCCAUCGAAAACAUGUGGCUCAACGCGACGGUGAGCUCGAUUCAGCAAAGGCUGCUGCAACAGCUUCAGGCACAGAGCGGGCCUCACGCGCAGCCUGCAGCUCUGCAAAUGCAAGCCAACGCUCAAGCUGUCGCUCAUGCACAGUCGCAAGCGCAGCAGACCGCUCAACAAGCUCUCAGACAUAUGGCGGCACAGAAUGCUUCGAUGAUCCAGGGAGGGCCCAGUCUUGCGCAAGCCCCGCAAGUCCCACAGCAACCGCCUCAAGCACCACCACCGCAACAGGCUGGCCCUCCACAACGUCCUCCCAGCGCAGCCGCAUCCGAGAUCCCUCAGCAGCUCACUCCGGCGCAGCUCGCACAGAUUGGUCUGACUCAAGAUCAGUUCACCGCGAUGAUGCGUUCAGGACAGGGACAGCAGCUCCGCGAGCGCUUUUUGCAGAUGCAACAGCAACGGCAACAGCAACAGCAGAACGCGUCAGGUGCUCUUGCUGCUUCCGCUGCUGCCAUGAAGCCUCCAGGUGCGCCUGUGCCGCAGGCCCAGAACGCCUCGCAGAUGCCACCUCACAUGCAGGCCAGGCCUCCAGGAUUUGGGGAGGCGUCUCAGCAGCAUGGCCAGUAUCCACCGCAGGGACAACCUCCGCUGCAUACGGCUAAGCAAGAUGGUAACUCUGGCAUGGUCUGGAUCGCAAACGCGCCUGGCAGCGGACCGCAGCCAGGCCAGGGCGGUCCUCAUGAGGUUCGGGAGCUGCGAGUUUCAGAAGCAGACUUGAGCAAAGCGAAGGAGGUCAUGACGAGGAUGGAUCAAGAACUCAGCAGAUCGAGACCUCGCUUGGAGGUGAAGGAGCUUGCUGAAGCGGAGAAGGAAUCCAUCUUCAGUCACGUCGUAUCCCUUGGCGACAUUUGCGAUCAAGUCAACGCCUUGCUGCCUGCGUUUUUUGCCAUCAAUCGCAACAUCGAUGCCGCUCGACGACUAAAGAUCAUGUCUUUCAUGUUCAAAGACCAGCUUGACCUCGUGCCACGACGCCAAUGCUUGCUCUCACUCGGUGAUCUCGAGAAGUUGAAGACUCAAAUUCACCGUUGCAUCAGCUUCGUCAAGACGAGUGCUCCAGCUCUGGCGGAGCAUUUGCUCUCCAGCAUGCAAGCUGAGCGAGAACAAUCGCGUGCUAGCGCGCAUUGGCAAGCGUUGCAAGCGCAGCAACAGCUUCAGCAGCAGCCGAACCAGCCUUCCACGAUGCCCCAGACCCUUGGUCAACAGGCGAUGGGUCAACCUCAGCACGCGCAGCCUUCGCCGUUGGCCCCUGCGCCACCAGCUCCUGUUCAGAACAUUGCCCCGGCUGCACCAGAUGCACCCGACUCGGACGAAGCUUUGGCUUCCAUGCACGGCAUCAAAAGAGGCUUGCGUGUCGAAGAUCUCAAGCCACCGCCGGUCAAGCGAGGAAAAGGAGCUGCCGCCGCUGCGCAGCAAUCUGCACCAGCUGCGGCUCAGGCGAAGUCACCCGCUGCUGGCCGACUUGGCCAACUCAACAAUGCUGAGAGUCCCGGUCCAUCCAAGGUGGAUUCACCGAAAGCUGCCGCGGCUUCUCCACCAGCCACCAAGGGUGGAAAGAAGGCGGCAGCCACGAAAGGCAAGGCUGCUCGUAAGACUAAGGCUGAGAAGGAAAAGAACGACGAGGCUACUGCCACCGCUGCUCGCUCGAAGCCCAAAACUAGCGCUGACAUCAUGGCCGAAGUCAAGCGUGAGAUGGCAGAAGCUGAGGCAAAGCGCAAGGGUGAAGCGGGUGGCGUGGAUGCAGGUGGCAAUGUUGCACCGUCUCAGAAGCCAGACGAUGACACAAACCAGACACCUCUCUCCAAGCCUUUGACGCAGCGCGAGCGAGAUGACAUGCUCGCUCAGCAAGAUCCAGCAGCCUUCGUCGAUGCCGCCUGGCAGGAUCUUGUAGCACCCAACGGCAGCGGGGCUGGCACAUCCGUACCUCUCGCAGAUGCUCAGAGUCUAGAGGGUCUGCUAGCCAUGCUUGGUCAGGAGCCUGGGCCUGGCGGUGCGUUCGUUGACGCUGCCCUGCCCGCGACAGAUGCAAAUGCGAACGCUGCAUCAGCAGCUUCAGAGGCACCGCCCCAGCCAGAGGCCAACAUCGAAGUCGACAUGUUCGACUGGAUCGACGAAUCUUAUUUGGACGAGCCGCAGGCUGAGUUGUCUGCGUUUCUCGGUGGAGGCGCGCCGCACGUGACUCGAGAAGAGCCUCCAGCGCAAACGCCAGACCUUGUGCCCAGCUCCAAAUUGGCCUCUGGCUCUUCAUCAAAUUCCAGCUCGAUGAUCAUGGCAAAGGGUUCUAGUAAUCUGAGCAACACGAUCAAUGCUUUGGAUGGCGUGGUGCGCAUUUCGAGCAGCCCUAGUGGCAUGGAUAGCAGCGACGACAGCGAGCCAAGUCCCGAAGAUCUCAUCAACUCGAUCACUGGCGCUGCUGGUGGCUCAAACGAUGAGGCUGGUCGGCGAGCAUCACAAAAGCGCAAGAGCGAAGAAGAUUGGUGGGACACAGAGCAUCAGCCUCAGUUGCAGCCGUGGGCAAUCGUGUCCUGAGCUCCCUACUCUGCACCACUGCGGGCCAAGAGGUCCUUGAGCGAUUGGAAUGCGACUCUCGAAUC